UAUCAUUGAUUGAUAGUUCACCGUGAAUCGUGAUGCGAACAACAAUAUACUACAACCGACAUACGUGUGUGGGUAUAUCAUAAUAUACUCUCACAAAUUUUUAUACAUACGACGGACCCGGUUAACGAUAAACAUGAUCAGUUUUGGUGUGUACUUUUUUUCGUGAUUUUUACCGCAUAUCCAACAUUUACAUUAUUUUAUAUAUUCGUGCGGAUAACGUUUUACAUCGGACAACGGCACAAUAAUAUUAUAUUUUUACAUUGUUUUUUGGGUGCACCUGCAGUACCCACUACUAUACCAUGGACCUACACACGGCGUGUACACUGAAUCAUCCAAAGGUGAUUGACAUGCUGACUACGCUAAGCAACAAUUUAAAUAUUUCCAAUAAAAAAGGAUGGACUUGCUUGAUGUAUGCUUGCUAUUAUGGAAACAAAAAUCUUGUUGAUCGCAUAGUAGAUCUAGAUCCAACAACAUUAUUCGCAACCAACAAUGAUAAACAAACACCUUUAAUGAUUGCCACUAUGUCCGGUAACGUAUCAAUAGUGAAGAAAACAUUUCACGUUGACAUUUUGGAGAUGCCUGAUAAACUAGGCAGAUCAGCAAUGUUUUAUGCGGUAUUAUACAAUCAAGAAGAAAUAUUGGAGUAUUUUAUUGAAAAACAAGCCAAUUGUAACGUAGUAGAUAAUUUCGGUAAGACUAUGACCAUGACAGCUAUCUCUAAAGGAUUUCAGAGAGUAAUGAAAUUGUUGUACGAAUAUGCAAAUAGACACGAAAAAAAAGUAUUGAAAACUACGUGGUCAGAAAAAUUGGAAAUGACCAAAAACAAUCAUCAAAACGAUGAUCAUUUAGACUAUCAAGUGGAAAAACUACUAAGACAGUUAUCGUUGGAAAAAUAUUGGCCGUUGUUUGACAAAAGAAAUAUCCGAUAUAAUGAUUUCUUAAAGUUAUCUGAGCAAGACUUAAAAGAUAUCGGUAUAAAUUUAUUUGGUCCGAGGAGAAAAUUAAUAAUGACUAUUGACAAAUUAAAUGAAUUAAGGACAUCACAAGAACACUCUAGGAGUUGAAAAUUGUAUAUUAUACUUUAUUAAUUUUAUUUUAACAUUUAUUGAAUUGAUGUACCUUUAUAAUUUUUACCUAUAUAUAUAAAUAUGAUUUUUAUUUGUAUUUUGUAUUAACUAACAUAACUAUCACAUUAUUUAUACUUACUUAUUUUUUUUUUUAAAUAUUUUAACUUUGAAAUAUAUUUUUACAUACUACUACAUUUGAAAUUUCGAAAUACGCGAAGAAUAAAUUAAUUUUAUACAGUAAUAUUUUUAUGGCUUAUUUUGUUUAUAGUUUCAAUUGUGAAGAGUUAUUAUAGCUGGAUGCAAUCAAUACUACAGUAAAUUAUAUAUUUAUUAUAUACAAGCACCGUCGAUACCUUAAAUUCUAAUUUUUAAGUUAAAAUGUUGAAUUAAAAAAAA